GCAAUAUUCGGUUUGACCACAGAGUGGCAGCACGUAGACGCACAUGUCAUCUUACACAACUUUGUUACCAAACCCUCGAGGGGAGUUCUGUAAUAUGCUGCAGUCUUACAACGUCCUACUGUCUCAGUGAAGGAAGGACCAUCUUUUACACAGCGAUGAAGUCCAUCGUUUGCAUCUCAUCGUCUUUCAGGGCUGUGUGCCAGCACGCCUCAGCCUGUUUUCUCCUUAAUCGCAGUCUAAGUGUUUGCAGUUCAGUGGGCAGAUGCCCACAUGUAGCUUCUAACAUCACAGCCAUAGUAGCGCAGCCGCCGUGCGUAACAGGCGUGCGUUGUUUCCAAAGAACGCGUAACACAGCAGUGCAGAUGGCGACUGCUACAUCUCUCCCCGCUCCUGUGCCCAUAACAGAGGAUGAAGCGACCGUACACCAGACUGGAAGACGGACGACACCUCAAGCAGCAGCCAGAGCAGCCACACACCUCUCUCCAUACACUCCAUAUGCCAAACCACGGCGCAACGGAGCUGCACUAGUCAACAUCCAGUCUCUGUUUGAAGAGGAUGUCAUCAGUGAGCUGUGCUCCAGGCUGGCAGACUUUCCCAACAAUGACAGAGCAGAGGGACUGGCCACUUUACUCGGAGCAUGUGUGGAGUUUGGCUUAGAGACCCACAGCCCUCCUGUCCUCAGACUGAUGAAUGAGUGUCUGGAGCUCCUCUCCAACAGGGACAUCGGGGUGCCACAGCUCUGCCACCUGGGUAAGGUGGCAUGUGCCCUGGAAGCCCGCCAGUCACCCAUGGUCACAGCGGUCUUGGACUCCAUAGGUGCUGCUGUAGAAAAGGAUGCUGUCUCUCCCAGUGAGGCUGCCACAGUCUACUCCCUGCUGACUCUGUUUUAUGAGCCUGUCAGCCAGCAGCAGGCACUGAUACUGUCUGCUCUGCACAAACACACACAAAGGCUGGUUCACCGGCUGAGAGCAAGUCAAGUCAGUGAUAUUCUGCAGUCCCUGCUGAAGUUACAGCAGAGGCAGGCUAUUACCUUGGUGUUGAGACUGAGUCACAGAGCAUCACGGGUCUUUAAGGCUUUCAGUGACGAUGAAAUAAUUAAGGUGCUUUCUGCGCUAAUGAUUCUGGGACAGCAUGACGAAGAGCUCCUAGCUGCUAUGGAGAAACACCUGCCAGAGAGGCUGGGAAAGUGUGAUCCUGAGGUGAUCAGCACUGUGAUGGAGUACUGUCUGCAAAUGGGGUGCCGCUCCGAGACAGUCUUUGAGGCAGUGGCAGAGAACUUCGUAUGCAACGCUGAGAAGCACACCACCCCUCAGAUAGCCAAACAGAUUGUUGCCAUGGGGAGACUCAACUACCUGCCACAGUGCUCCAGUCAGAUGUUUAAAAAGCUGGAGAGCAUUCUGUCAACAAGGUUUUCGCAGUUCCAGCCUCGCUCGCUGAUAGAUGUGCUGCACGCCUGCAUCCACCUGGAACGCUUCCCGCUCAACUACAUGUCCAAAGUUUUCAGCCCAUACUUCCUGCAGAGACUGCAAGCACACGGAGAGCCAUUCAACAAGAAUACAUUGGGACAACUGACACAGCUCCAUCUCUCCACCGUGUUAGAGUGCACACACUACUGGGGUCCCAGACUGCCCUUCUACCUCCAUAUGAAGAAGUUUUCCUCUGCGGACCAGGCCUUUGAGACACCUAUGGAGUAUCUGUUGUACAAACAAGUCAAAGGACCACUUGCACAGCUGCUAGGGGGAAGGUUUUACUCGACCAGAAUCUUUAGUCAAAAUGGAUACUCUAUAGAUGUGGAGAUAUGCCUGGACGAGAACGGAUUUGUUCUGCCUCUGUCUCAGUGGGAACACACUUACAAAAGAAUUGCACUGUGUUUGGAUGGACAAAACCGUUUCUGCAGCAAUACAAAACACCUGCUGGGGAAGGAAGUCACCAAGAGGAGACACCUUGACAGGAUGGGCUAUGAGGUGGUCCAGAUCCCUUACUUUGAAUUUGAGGAGCUGAGAACUCAGGGGGAAAAGAUUCAAUAUCUCCAUAACAAGAUCUUUCCUACCAUCUCCAAGUUUAGUUACUGAUCUUAGUCACAAAGUUAAAAUUAAUUGGAGUGGGAUUAUAUGAAUCCUCGUGUCCAGUUAAAAGAUACAAGCAUGGAAGUGCACAGUAACCUACAAAUAUUUUUUUGGUUCUGUCAUUUAUGCUGUGACCUUAAUUCUAUGAAACCGCCUGCCUUAUGUUCAACAGAAUAGUAAAGAAAUGUCAGUUGAGAAUCACAAGGCACCAAGGUAUCAAAGCUGUCUAUUGAAGACACUGUAUAAAGCUCAUUUUUGUAUGCUAAAAGUAAAAAAGAAGAAAAUAAUUUAUAUGCCUUCAGUUCUGAAGCUGCUAGAGAAGGGAAGCUGGAAUACUGCUACCCUGGUCAUUUGUAUAACAAUACAGCUUUUAUUUGAAUAUUAUGGCCUAUUAUUAUCUUUAAUAUUUAUGAUAAUGAACAUUUUGUGUACAGGUGCUAUUUCAUUAUACUGUUCAAUAGUUAAAUGGACAUGACAGUGACUUUUUAUGUGAUUAAUCUGAACACAAAAUAUAUGUAAAUGUUUAAUUGCACAGUCAUGUGACAGUUUGUACCAUUUGUACUUGACUUUGUUUAGGGUAACGAAAUUACUCUAAAUAACAUGGACAUGAGAUGUAAAUGAUGUGCAGUAUACCUUUAUUUGAUGAAAAAAAUAUAUGCCAUAAAUGUCCUCACAAUA